UGCCCCGCCACCGGGUACAACCAAACACUGUCGCACAGGACUGCUACCUCUUUUUUCGUGGCCUGCCUUUGGGUAUAAAACGUAUAAUCGAGUACUUGACCGUAAGCAGUUUUAGUGAGAAGGUCGUGAAAUCCAUAUGUUCAGAAAAAAAGUUACUCAAAAUGCGACAGUUCUCACUACUAGGCUUGACGCUUUUACUAACACUCAAUGCCGCAUUCGUAUUAGCCCAAGAUGAAGGGGACGCUGCCACAGCCCCUGAGACUCCCGCACCUCCUCCGGCCGAUGCCGGAGGAGACAAUGCCCCAGCCGGAGGAGAUGAUGCCCCAGCCGGUGGAGAUGAUGCUCCAGCACCUCCUCCAGGUGGUGAUCCUCCAGCCACGGCCGCCGAAGGUGACGCCCCUCGAUCGGGGGCUGCUCAAGGCGCUGGAAAUGAACCUGAAGGGGAAGGUGGUGCUGAAGAAGGGGACGCUGAAGAAGAGUGCGAAGAGGCAUGGGAAUAUGUGGAAUUCAUGAAGACAGAAGUCAAGGAAAACCUUGAGAGUAUCCUCCAAGAUACCCUCUUUCAACCGCGUCCUCUUUUGGAAGAGACCGUGACCAAGACCAUGGAAGAAGUGCUGGGUAUUCGAGAUGCCAUUUUGGGUCGCACAAAGGCCAUUCGUAGCAAAGAGGACUCUGUGAAGAUUUGCCCAGAACAGAACAUCAAGCAAGAGGAGUUCCUCACUCAAAUUCGCAUGCAGAUCAUGAGCGUGCUUUUGAGCUUGAUCGAAAAAGAUGCCGCCACUCCCGAAAAGCUUCAGGAUGUUGGCAAACAGCUUUUGGCCAUCAGGACCAAGGUUAACGGAGAGAUCACUCGAAUGAUCAUGUUGAGAGAAUCUGCGGCUACCACACGCAGUGCCCCCAAAGACGAUUGCGAUUGCGGAAUCUUGGGUGAACUCGUAGAAGGCCUCGACAACGUGAUCAACCAGGAGAAGAAUCAAGACGAUGCCGAAGAGCAACCCAACCAAGAAGGUAAUAGCAAUCCUUCGAGAAUUCAAUUCCCAGACCAAGAAGGCGAGGAUGGAGCCGAUGCUCAAGCUCAAGGAGCUGCUGGUGAAGGUGGUGACAGCCCUGUCCAACAAUUGACGAUGCUCCUCAUGACCGUGGAUGCAGAGAUCAGGAAAUUGUACAAUGAAAUCCUCGGCGAAUUGGACGACACCGCUCGAGAUGUUCUCUCCCAAGAGCUUCAAGACCUUAAAGGCAUCAGCAACAGCCUUCAUGAGGCUCUCUCGCUUCUUUCUGAUCUGAAUCCCGAAGAAGAUCAAGAUGAUAUCGAAAAGAUCCUCCGACGAGAUGUCCGAUCCGUCCGCAAUGACGCCAAACGACUCUUGGAAGACUGUCAACAAAGAUGUCCCGGAGAGUGCGACAGUUGUGGUGCCGAACGAAUUGAUGAGGUGGCCGACAAAUUGGCCGAUUACAAAGCCAAUUUGGAGGAUCUAUCUGAAGAUGAGGCCAAAGAGAGCAUUCGAGGAGAUCUUAUGCAAUACCUGACUCAAACCAACGCUGACAUGACUGAUCUCUUGCGGGAGAAGGCUGAAAACGACGAAUUAGACGAAUGCGGUAUGGAGAAGCUCGACGUCAUCAACAAAGUCAAGGGCCCAUUGUGGAUGAUGGUGAACAUCACCAUCUUUGGUGAUGCUAAUACCAUGACAGAGAUGGUCAACGCUUUGGAACAAGCUUUAAGUGAGAUGCGCUCGCAAUAUUGCGGACCCGAUAACUCAACCGCACCUGAGCCCAAAUCUGAUGAUACCAAUGAAUGUGACUUGGAGGAGAUCAACAAGGCCAAAGAAUGGAUUUCGGAUAUUGACGAGAUCAUUGCCAACGACAUCUUCAAAAACGAAAACGAUGAAGGUCGACGAAAGGCGAUGUUGGGUCUGAUCGACUUGAAAUCUGUCAUGGACGACCGAGUACGGGAGCUUUUCCAGGACAAUCUCCAAUGCAAAGAGGAGGUGGAGCAGAUCAAGAACAUCUACGCUCAAAAGAUCACGGAUUGCUUGUCGGAGAUGAUGAACCCUCGGUACCGAUUUGACCUCCUGGGUCGCGCUGAGCGUGUCCAAUGUGUCAAAGAUCUACGUAUCCUCUUGGAGGAUCGCCGAGGAGUCCUGCUAAUGAGAGAGAUCGAGGCCAGGAUCAACCGAAUUGGUAGCGGCGUUAAUGUCGUGGGCGACGAAAAUGAAGACCAAGCUCAAGGUCAAGGAGAAGGCCAAGAGAAUGCUACCGAGGGUUAAUGAAGUGACUUACUGAGAGGAUCUCAAGAGCCAUUACUCCCUUGAAUAAAUAACACACUUUUACUGCCAGAUAUUCCGGUACCAAUCUCGUGAAGACACACAACUGCCAAAAAUGAUUCCAGGAAACAAUGUAUGGGCAUUAUAUCCACUACUUUAUGUGAUGAAUGAACUUCUCUUGUCCCUUCUUUCUUUUGUGUUGUCGGGCUCUUUUCGGUGUUGGUCCUUCUAGUCUCAAAAUUUUCUUGCUAACUUUGGUCUUUGGGUGCUUCCGAUUCAACUUUGUAUCCUCCUUCCUCAAACGGGAAACUGUCAGUUGUUAAUCAAUCUCACAUAACGAAUGCAGUAAGCAGAUGGACAAUGUAUGAUUCCAGCCAAAUGUGCAAAACAAAUCAUUUCAUGGAAGUUGCUAUCAUAUAAUGAAAUAGUCAAUAAAACGUGUCAAAUCUA